CGCGCCGUGGGAGGGAGCAGGCAUGUUCAUAUGCCUCUGUGUGCAAGAGGACCAGACAGAGGAAACGCAGGCACGGCAGAGGACAGAGGACGGCUCAGCGGCGGCGGCGGCGGCGGUGGCGGCUGUGGCUGACUGGCGCUAGUUGGAGGAGGCGCGGCUCCACCUGCCCCUCCAUCCAAGCACCUGUAUGGACGACCACCUCAGCCUUCUUCACUCGCCUCCGCCUUCGUCUGCCAAGCACCGAGGCAACAACGUCGUCAAUCACGGCUUCACCGAGAGCGACCAGGACACCAUGACUGUGGUGGCUUGUGAUAACAUGCUGGAGGAGACGGCAGCUCUGCCUGGUCACCACUCCAUAGACCGCUACGAGCCCGACCACGAGUGCUGCGAACGGGUGGUGAUCAACAUCUCCGGGCUGCGAUUUGAGACGCAACUGAAAACUCUGUCCCAGUUCCCCGAAACCCUGCUGGGGGACCCUAAGAAGAGGAUGCGCUACUUCGACCCCCUGAGGAACGAGUACUUCUUCGACAGGAACCGACCCAGCUUCGAUGCCAUCCUCUACUACUACCAGUCCGGAGGUCGCAUCCGGAGACCCGUUAACGUGCCCAUUGACAUCUUCUCCGAGGAGAUUCGCUUUUACGAGCUCGGAGAGGAGGCCAUGGAGAAGUUUCGCGAGGACGAGGGCUUCAUCAAAGAGGAGGAGCGCCCCUUGCCCAGCAAUGAAUUUCAGCGCCAGGUCUGGCUCCUCUUUGAAUACCCCGAGAGCUCGGGUCCGGCGAGGGGCAUCGCUAUUGUCUCGGUGCUGGUGAUUCUGAUCUCCAUCGUGAUCUUUUGCUUGGAAACUUUGCCCGAAUUCCGGGACGAUAAAGACACGACCACCGUGGCCCCCAUUAUAAACGGGACGGCGCCUUAUCUCGGGAGUCCCUUCUCGGACCCGUUCUUCGUAGUGGAAACGCUGUGCAUCAUCUGGUUUUCCUUCGAACUGCUGGUGCGCUUCUUUGCCUGCCCCAGCAAAGCCACGUUCUCCAAAAACAUUAUGAACAUUAUCGACAUCGUAGCCAUUAUCCCAUAUUUCAUCACGCUGGGCACGGAGCUGGCGGAGAGGCAGGGGAACGGGCAACAGGCCAUGUCCUUAGCAAUUCUCCGGGUCAUCAGGUUAGUGAGGGUCUUUCGCAUCUUCAAGCUGUCCCGGCACUCCAAAGGGCUCCAGAUCCUGGGACAGACACUAAAAGCUAGCAUGAGGGAGCUGGGGCUCUUAAUCUUCUUCCUCUUUAUCGGGGUCAUUCUCUUCUCCAGCGCCGUGUACUUUGCCGAGGCAGACGACCCGGACUCCGGCUUCAAUAGCAUCCCGGAUGCCUUCUGGUGGGCCGUGGUCACGAUGACCACGGUCGGCUACGGGGACAUGCACCCUGUAACCAUAGGGGGUAAAAUCGUGGGCUCCCUGUGCGCCAUCGCCGGCGUCUUAACCAUUGCCCUUCCGGUGCCGGUCAUCGUCUCCAACUUCAACUACUUCUACCACAGAGAGACGGAGGGUGAGGAGCAGGCGCAGUACCUGCACGUCGGUAGCUGCCAGCCGCUGUCCUCCAGCGAGGAGCUGAAGAAGACGCGUAGCACCUCCUCGCUGAGCAAGUCGGAGUACAUGGUGAUCGAGGAGGGCAUCAACAGCACCUUCAAGCAGCCUAACUUCGGCGCGCAAAACAACCAGAACUGUGUUAACAUCAAGAAGAUUUUCACAGACGUAUAGAAGUUAGAGAAAGCCGUGUAGAUACCGCUGUGUCAGUGUCAGUGCAAGUCUUGUGUGGAGGCAGCGCCAUAGGUAUUUAAAUGUGUCCUUUCGAGUUCAUGAGCUGCCAGAUUCACUCCAUUCAAUCGUGAGAAAAUAACAAUUAUAAAAACAAUUAAUAAAACAUAGGGUCGGGUCCUGGGUUCUGUAUCACAUCAUCGAUACCCAGCUAUCCUUUGAUUUAAGCGCAAUACCUGUCAGCGUUUCUGGUUUCUAUUAAUUUUUUUUCCAGACUACCAAGGUGGUGUUUGCGUAGUGUUUUACAUCUAAUCGUUACGUGGACAUUAACUUAUAGUAAGUGAAGUGUAUUUAAUAAUUAUAUCGGUAACAUUUUAGCAAGAGAAAAGUCUGAAAAAACGCGAGGCGGUUGAUCAUAAACAAAAUCUUCAAUUGUAAUCUCAGUCGAAUAAUGCUUAGAUAGACAAAGCUCACGCGUAAUUUUAAAUUAAUAUAAUUGUUUUAAAGAGUGCUAAUAUACACAAUGGGUCUGGCACGUGUGUCAGAUCCAUCUGUGAUAUUCCAUUGCGUUUAAUCAGCAAUAUGGAUUUUUCUUUUGCUAUUUAAGAUGGGAAGAGAAGAGUUUUUACCAUACAUCGUGAUAGGAGUGCACUCAGAUCACCCCUGACUUUCAAUUAAGGGCAAUGUGUCGAUACUUUCCUAGUCAAUGUGGCAACAUCUGGAUCCAGACCUGGCUGCAGGUGCAAGGAAAAAUGCACUAGCGUCUGUAAGCGUCCUUCGGAGAUGGACCACAGCGACAAAAAUUUGUCCUGCGAAAAAACACGCCUUCCACUGGAUGCUGCUAAUCCCGCCUAGAGUAUUACUGUCUCCAUAGCGACCACGGUUUCCUGGGUAACCUCUCUAAUGUUGCCAUGGCACCUUUGUCUGUCUCCACAGUAACCUUCCAGAUGGUUCUGACCCGAGAUAUUCAACCUUAAAGACUCGUCCUGAAAUUCUGGUACAGGAAUGAUACCACAAAAGUGUGCAAGUAAACUGAGUAAACACUCAAAGGGGGGAAAAUGAAGAAAGGCGUGACUGUUGGACAUUAGUCAUAUCUUUAAGGAGGAGUGACAACAUACAGAUUUAUCGUAUAAAAUAAUAAGUUGUGAUUAUGAAUCACACAACUGCGGACACGUCCGUCUUGGUCAGCUUUGGUGCACGAGGAUCGGGACGUCGCCCAAGCGAAUUUGCUCUGAUUAAUGAAAUUGUCAUGGACGGUUACACACUGAGAUGACAGGUGCCUGGAAAAAGAGUGAAUGUGCUGACAAAAGGAAAACAAAACAAAAUCAAUGUCUUUAUAUCACACGUUCGCAGGACGCGUCUCCACACCUUCCAGCGCUCGAGGCCUGAAGUGGGGGUCAGAUGAGCGUCUCUACAACUUCACCGGCCACUACCCCCUGUCCUUCCACAGGGUUUGGCCUUUCUUGAACAAGGACUGGGUGGGGACUGCUUGACCCCCCCCAAAGCAGAGGCACCUUGAGCCACUGUCCUUGACAAACAUUCGUCCCGGCUGCCUCGUUUGGACCCACUAAGAGAAACUUCAAACCAAGACAGACUGUUGAAGACCUGUCUGAUGGACAUAGCCUUGGUUGGCCCUUCAUAGACUAAUGGACUCAACGCAUUCAAAAAAUGUAGGCGAACCCAUGAGCACAGCUUUUAAACCAAGGUCCACGCCAACAGACCAGCAAACAUGGGCCGGGCCAAGUCUGCGUGGCCCAUGAAUAUAGCCGGACUCCAUCUACCAGACCGGUGUUAACAGAACAUUCCUCACCAAACUGGCUAUAGCCCCAGUGGUUUCUUCUGCCAGGCCAGGAGGUCUUCAAAGUUGCUCCAUAGAUGCUCCAGUUGAUGCUCCCCUACGUCACUGAGCUGCGUGUGGACGGUGACCAGGCAUAGGGGUCAUGUUCGGCCCCACCUACCACAAUGUAACAAGCUUGAUAUUGUCUCUAAUGUAAAUACAUAAACAGAUUCAGAACAGUGCAUUCAGAUCAACCCCUGGCCUGGAUUCACUGAUUCCUUGA